AUUGGUUUCACAGCGCUCUCGAGGUCAGUAAUUGCGGUGUCUCGGCUUGCGACCUACCGCGAGGGUGAAUGUCCUCUUGCUUACCAGCCUCCUCGUUUCAAUUGCCGUGCUUACUAUCAGCGUAUCGAUACCCUCGAAGUCUUCUCGAUCUUUGCCCAGUAUGGAAGAGCCCCGUCUUAUCAAGCGUCAUGACUCGAAGCUCCACCUCGCCGACUCGGGCAGUGACCGCUCCCGAAGUGUAUCUCCACCACCAAAGGUCAUCACUAAGCGUGCCGUCGACGAGCGUGUAGCCAACGGUGAAACCCUUGUUAUUUACGAAGGCAAAGUCUACAAUGCUACACCAUUCCUGAAGUUCCACCCGGGAGGCGAACUCGUUGUGAAGCACAUGGCCGGCUGCGACGCCACGGAUGAAAUCAACGGCCUGCACCCUCGAUGGGUGAUUGAUGAACGUCUCCCCCGGUACUUUGUUGGGGAGCUCGUUACCGAACCACCGACCGACGAAGAAAAGGUUGUGCUGAAGGAGAAGGAACGCAUCCGCGUAGCUUACAAGAAACUGGAACACAAGAUCAAAGCUGCCGGCUUGUUCGAGACGAACAUGUGGUACUAUGUUGCGCAUGCUAUCCAGUAUGCCACAUGCUGGACUUCAUCAGUGUUACUGAUCGUCUACGGCAGCCAGUGGUGGCACUACGCCCUAAGUGCCUUGUUCAUGGGCUCUUUCUGGCAUCAGACUGCCUUCACCGCCCACGACGCUGGUCACAACGGCAUUACGCACGAUCGUGAGACCGACGCGAGGAUCGGUGUUUUCCUUGGCGAUUUCUGUGGUGGUCUAUCGAUUGGUUGGUGGAAGAAGAGUCAUUAUGUGCACCAUAUCGCCACCAACCACCCCGAGCACGAUCCGGAUAUCCAGCAACUUCCGUUCUUCGCCCUCUCGAAGCGCUUCCUUAACGACGUUUACUCGUCCUACUACAACAGGACGAUUGUCUUCGACGACGUUGCAAAGUUGCUGAUCCCCUUCCAACAUCUUUACUACUACAUCGUGCUGCUCUUUGGACGCUUCCUCCUUUACUUCCUCUCGUGGCAGUUCCUCUUCACCGAGCCCAACUACAAGAAGCGGUCCACCGAGAUGAUUUUGAUGGCUUCCUACUUCACCUGGCUCGGCACCGUUGUAUACCAGAUACCCGGUAUCCGCUACAAACUCAUGUGGAUCCUCAUUUCGCACAUGAGUACCGUAUUCCUCCACAUCCAGAUCAACAUGUCUCACUUUUCGAUGUCCUUCGAGGACCUCGGCAAGGACGAAACCUUCCCUGCGAAGAUGUUGCGCACAACAAUGGAUGUCGAGUGCCCGUGGUACUUGGACUGGUUCCACGGGGGGCUUCAAUACCAAGCCAUCCACCAUCUCUUCCCUCGCGUCCCAAGGCACAACCUACGAAAGUGCAUUCCGUACGUCAAGGAGUUCUCGGCGGAGACGGGUAUCAAGUACGUCACGCACCACUUCGCGCAAGCAAGCGAGAACGCCCGGUUAUCAUUGAAGAACGUGGCGGACCACGUUGCGUUGAUGGGCAGGGUGGCUCAUGCCGAGGCUAUCUCGGGCCACAUCCACAUGUGAACAUCUUUUAUCGACACAUUGACAAAAACUUAAGAGAAAGAAAGAGCAAGAGAGAGCUCGGAGAAGUGGAAGACAUAAUCCUUUUAGAGACUUCGUGUAUUUAAGAAGAAGUGACGGGAGCUAGUGGCCUUCCAUUUGUAUCUCGAAGACCAUCUCGACACUGGAUAUCUGACCUAUAUUUUGAAUUCAUUCGCAUCGUUCGCAACAAGCUCUUCCUGUGCCAUUUUGAUACGAACUGCGAGGCCUGACGGAACUAGCAACUCCAGCUCCAUAUGAGGACGCGUGAGGCGCGAUUUGACCGUCUUCCUCUCACGGAGACGAGGAUGCCGACUGUGGUGAAUACAAAUAUAUUAAUAGCUCGGCAUCAGCCUGUAUUGUAUAUGAG